AUGGAGUACUGCCACCUCCGUCUGGAGCCGGGCUCUAGGUUGAGUGCCAUGGUCAACCAAGCAGCUUGGAAAGAGUAUGAAAAUGAAGACAGCUAUGCCAACAUUCACUUCAGUUUACUGGGCAUUGAGAACAUCCAUGUCAUAUGGAGCAGCCUGCAGAACCUCUUGGAAGUUUGUGAACUGAAAACUCCAACAAUGAGUGAAUUUCUUAGUGGCCUGGAGAGCUCAGGGUGGUUGAGACACAUUAAAGCUAUUAUGGAUUCUGGAGUUUUCAUUGCAAAGAAACAACAAGCCCAUGAUGAGCCACAAGAAGUCUGUACAUGCUCUCAAUUAGGACAUUUAUUAUCACAGAAUCUGGGAAGUCCUUUGACCAAUCCUGUUGGCUUUAUGGGUAUUGAUGGAGACCUGAACACCUUGGUGGAGAAUGAUACCCUGUCCAGGGAAGGAAACCUCUGAGCUCAGAUGGAUCAAGUGAACCAAUGUGCAGACCUUCAUCACGACUAUUGUGGGAUCAUAGGCAGCCUUAGGCCAUAAACAUUCUGGGAUAUGGGACUAUCUAGAAACAUGGGUAUCUCUGAAUCUAGGGACAUCAAUGAGGCCACAGGCAUCUCUGAGGCUAUGGGCUCUUCUGGAGACAUCAGCCUCUCUGAGGCUAUGAGUUUUGUUGGGAGCAUGGGCAUCUCUGGGGACAUAGGUAUCUCCAAGGGCAGCACCAAUGAGGCAGGCUGCUUUAAACAGCAAUGA